AUGGUAUUAACACACCAGGCAAGAUCACACCCUUCGCUCGACGAUGGAUUCCCUACUGUACAGCUUUUUCUGCUAGCGAUAUGUCGUGUGGCUGAGCCGAUUGCCUUGACGUCCAUCUUCCCCUACUCAUGGGUGAUGGUCAAGGACUUCCACGUGGGCAGUGGGAAUGAUUCCUCUUUCUACGCCGGAAUCCUGAUUUCCGCCUUUUCCCUGGCAGAGGCCCUCACAGGCAUGUUCUGGGGGAGUCUCGCCGACCGACUGGGCCGAAAGCCCAUUCUACUCUCGGGUUGCUGUGGCACAAUGCUCUCUCUGUUCAUUGUGGGGUUGGCUCCAAACUUCUGGGUCGCUCUAGCGGGCCGCGCGCUUGGUGGAGCGCUCAAUGGGAAUAUUGGAGUCAUUCAAACGAUGGUGGGGGAGCUGGUCAAACGACCUGAGCAUGAACCCCGUGCCUACGCUAUAAUGCCCUUCGUCUGGUCUAUUGGAACUAUUAUCGGGCCUGCAAUCGGAGGUUUGCUUGCAAGACCUGCGGACAACCAUCCUUCUCUUUUCCCUCAAGAUGGUCUUUUUGGACGCUUUCCCUAUUUACUGCCCAAUCUCGUCUGCUCCUUUUUACUUCUCCUGAGUAUCAUUGGCAGCUGGCUGUUCCUACAAGAGACUCAUCCGGAUAUGCAACCUGAUCGUGAUGAACAAUUCGAGCCUACAUCUGUCGACCAACCUCUCUUGGCGACGUUGGGAGCAACCGCCAAUGGGGAGGUUGACCUUCGAGCCGAUUCAUACGGAACAUUCAACCAGAUUAGCUCAUACGAAGAAAAGGAUUGGGAGGUGCAGGGAGAUGAAACUUUCCCUUAUGAGGAGAAAUCAGCCAGGCCAAAAGCAUUCACAUGGCGUGUCACUAUGCUUAUCAUCGCUCUCGCUAUCUUCACUUAUCACUCGAUGACCUACGAUCAUUUAUUGCCCAUCUUUUUACAAGACGAGAAUAAGAGAUCCGUUUUACCGUCCUCUCUCUUCGAUAUUCCCGGGGGUAUUGGCCUUUCUACUCAGACUGUCGGUAUGAUUAUGUCUACGGAUGGCAUCAUUGCACUCGUGAUUCAAACCGUGAUUUUCCCGGCACUGGCCCAUUGGCUUGGAAUAUGGCGGCUCUUCGUUGUAGUGGCCAUACUUCAUCCCAUCUCAUACUUCAUGGUUCCAUUUUUGGCAUUCCUGCCUCAGAACUCUGUGUUCUAUGGUAUUUAUGCUUGUAUGAUUGUCCGCAAUAUUCUGUCCAUCGUUGCUUUUCCUGUGCUCCUGAUUCUCAUCAAGCAAGCCUGUCCAUCGGACUCGGUCAUGGGUAAAAUCAAUGGCCUUGCCGCUUCUGCUGGCGCAGCCUCGCGCACCAUUGCAUCUCCCAUUGCGGGCUUACUGUAUGGAGCUGGGACAGAAAUCGGUUGCACUGCCGUGGCCUGGUGGGGGAGCAGUCUUGUUGCCCUCUUGGGAGUAUUACAGCUUUGGUUCAUUCGGCAGAAAAGACAGUCGUUUGAUAUCGUCGAAUCUGCUACAAGUUACAUCCCUCCGGCUUUUGAACAGCCACUGCAUGAACCUGUUCGUAUCAUUGUGACCGACACGAAUGGUAAUGUCACUCCGGAAUCUUCACCCACCUUCCCAUUGUUGGAAACGAGGCCCUAG